CUUCUUUUAAACGUUUCCUUCAAACAUUCUCUUAAAGUUUCCGUGAAAUCUUGAAAAUGUCUCGACCUAACAUUCGCCAAGUCACAGCGCAUACGAAAAUAUUGAUACCGACGUCAUAAACUGUCGGAGGCCGCCCAUCUAUACUUACCUAUCAAUGCCUUACAAUUCCAGCGGUCUGGGAAGGAUCUGACGCACUAGCUUAAGUUACAGACAUACACAUAGACAUACACAUGUAAUGUCCGGGGUUCCUUCUGUCGUCCACGUCAACGGGACGUAGGGUAAUGUACUUGAGUAGUAUCGACAAGGUACCGACCGGGUAGUUGAUUGGCCUUUCAGCAGAACCUGAGCUCACCACUUCAUCAAUACCACCUCCUAAGAGAUACCCAAGAAAUACCUAAUACCUAAAUCGAUAUCAUUACCAUCUUCCCAAAUCGUUCCCAAUCGUUCUUGUAUAUCAUAUUUCAUCCUUUCGCUCGUUUUUAGAACCCGGCUUCAUCGUACAAUUUGUCAAUCUCAUCAUAUUAUCCAUGUCACAAUCCCCUAUUUCUCUCCUGGCUAUGGCAUUUUGAUCGCACCCAGCCGGCCAAGCCAAAAUGCAUACUUCCUUAUCUUGGAGGAGGGGCGCCAUCAGCUCUCGGCCAUUCUACACGACGAUAUUCAUUAUUACACUUCUCGCCACAUAUAGUAUAUUUAUUCGAGCGCCAACAGUCUCAUCAAAGGAAUCCCCCUCUCUAACUGCGCGAUCCGGUGAAGACUGUCGCUUAGUUCACAAUGCGCCAGACAAGUGUGCCUUUGUAAGGCUCAAUUGUAAAGAUGACGAAGCAGGCAUUAUAGAAUAUUUAACAUUCUAUUACUGCGACCUUGAGCGCGCACAACCCGUCGCCUUCAUUAUACUGGCCCUCUGGUUAGGCCUUCUGUUCACCACUAUCGGCAUAGCCGCUAGUGACUUUUUCAGCGUCAACCUUAGCACCAUCGCAACCGUCCUCGGUUUGAGUGAAAGCCUUGCCGGGGUCACCUUCUUGGCUUUGGGAAAUGGCUCGCCGGAUGUGUUCAGUACAUUCGCCGCCAUGGGCUCCAAUAGUGGGAGCAUGGCCAUCGGCGAGUUAAUUGGUGCUGCGGGCUUCAUCACGUCUGUCGUUGCCGGCUCUAUGGCCCUAGUACGCGAAUUCAAGGUUUCGAGGAAGACCUUUGUGCGAGACAUCUGCUUUUUUAUAGCGGCCGUCAGUUUUGCCAUGGGCUUCUUGGCCGACGGGUACCUGCAUUUAUGGGAAUGCGCCGCCAUGAUCGCAUUCUACAUUUUCUACGUCAUCGUAGUGGUCGGCUGGCAUGCAGUCGUCAAGAGGAGAACAGCUCAGCGAGCUAAGGAGGCCCAAUCUCGCGGCCACUUCUAUGCAUCCGCAAACGAACACGGGGAUGAUGCAUUGGAGCCCUAUAGAGAUGACCCGGAUGACGAAGACGUUCCACCGGCAGAGCGUCGUACUUCGUGGAGGAGCGGAUCUGAUAUCAGUGCGCUAGAGCGAGGGCCCAGAAUCGAGGUCGGCUCACCUGACGACGACGAUGGCGACCGCAGCCAACAUGUUGCUGCAGAGGUGGCGAGCAGCAUGCGAGUGAAUCGUCCGCGUGGAAGGAGAAGUAACACGACGACCAUCACCCCAAUCCGGCCCAGUCUAGUUGGCGCGCUGGAAUUCAGGUCAGUAUUGUCGUCAUUACAAGACGAAGGAAACCUACGGAUGCGACCAAUACACCAUGGUCGUAGCAAUUCUGCCGAUCUUUUGCAAGAGGGACAUGCUAUUAUUCGGGGGAACAAGAGUGUACAAACGAUUCAGGACACUAAGGAUGCUUCCGUCAUCGUUAGAAAUCGCUCACGGUCAUCCGGGGCCGUCCCAAUUGCUGUUGAUGUUGACCUUGCCCCUCAAGAAUCGGCAGAGGAUAGAGGUAGGGCCCCUAGCCCACACACCAUAGGAGGGAAGUUAGCUCCUCCGCCCAACGAUCUUUUAGGCGGUCAUCAUGCGGAGAGUUCGACUUCGGAGGAUCCGUCGCGGAAACCGCAGCUACAUCGCCUCCGCAUCCCAAGUCCACCUCGUGACAGUGAGAGGUCUUCGCCAUCAUUAUCACCGUUCCCUGCGUUUACAGAAUCACCCUUUGCGACUGCAGAAAAUCCUCACCAACCUCCACAUAUAGUGCUGCCGCCCUCUAUGGAAGAGCGAAAUGCGUCGCUCCGCAAUCUGGUUGAAAACAGAAAUUCGAGACCCAUCAGAUGGUGGCCCUACCAGUUAUUGCCUCCACCACAGACCAUACUUUAUACUCUUUUCCCUACUUUACAAGGCUGGAAGAGCAAAAGCAUCUGGGAUAAAUUCGUCAGCGUGAUAUCCGUGCCCAGCAUAUUCUUUCUAGUCAUUACACUGCCUGUGGUAGAGACCGAAGCACCGGAAGAUGACUCAGAAGGAAGUAUUGUAGAACAAUUAGCCUCAGAGCAAAUAGGGAAUGUGGCAGCGCCAGUGUCGUCGGUGUCCUUCGAACCGGAGUUCUCUAUUCAGCCCGAAACAGAGUGGCAGCGGUACAGACGGAGCACAAGAUCUCGAGCAUCUAGUCGGAGCCGCUCACCUAGCCAUGCUAGCUUUAUCUCUCUAAAUCCCCCCAACGAUACGCAAACGAAUGGUGCGCAGGGGUCAGACCAACCCCAGGCGAUACCGGUCUUUGCCCCUUCAGAUGUACAUAUAUCAAAACCUGCCUCGGAGCCCGAACAGACGAGUUCAACGCUGAGCGACGAAGAACAAGGAUGGAACCGCUGGCUAUUGAUCCUCCAGGUUUUCACCGGUCCAAUAUUUUGCGUUUUUAUCGUCUGGGCAAACAUGGCUGAGGAUCUUGAUCAACCUUUCACUUUUCUCUGGAAAGCGGUGCUAAUUUCGGUUGUUUGUUCUCUAUUUAUAUUGGUUGUCAUACUUCUGACAACGUCCUCUGAUCGUCGACCUAAGUAUCAUUUCUUAUUCUGCUUUCUAGGAUUCUGCAUAUCGAUCGCCUGGAUCUCUACAAUUGCUGGUGAAGUAGUUGGGGUGCUAAAAGCAUUCGGGGUGAUCCUAGACAUAUCAGAAGCGAUACUGGGCCUUACCAUUUUUGCAGUUGGCAAUUCGGUGGGAGACCUAGUUGCGGAUGUAACUGUCGCUCGACUGGGUUACCCAGUGAUGGCUUUAUCUGCCUGUUUCGGCGGCCCCUUGUUGAACAUACUGCUCGGCAUCGGCCUUGGAGGCGCGUAUCAAACAAUAAACGCAGCAAAACGCAGGAAAAUAAAACAUCCGGACGACCCGAUACUCUAUGAGCCAUACCACAUACAAGUUAGCGGGACGCUGAUGAUUUCCGCUAUUACUUUACUUUUCACACUCCUUGCGUUGCUAACUGUCGUACCAAUGAACAAAUGGAUGAUGAACAGAAAGAUCGGCUGGAGUUUAAUAGGACUUUGGUCUAUUAGCACGAUUGUGAAUCUGGCCAUCGAGGUCACUGGAGUGUGGCAGGAAAUAGCCUAAGUCAGUGCGUUGCGCGACAGAGACGAGAUUACGAAAUGCUUCUAUUAUCCAAGUGUACGAUUGUAAGAAAUUAAAAUGGUUCGAGCUUAGCAUGGCGUUUUGAGCGACUAUUCCAAACAGGAAUAUAAUUUGAAAAGCGAUCUAUCUAAAUGAAUUUCCUGUUUGCAUUCAAGUGUGUGGGUGGUCCUCAGGGCCGGUAUAGCAGAGUAUCGCAUCGAGAGACGUUAUAUCCUUGAUGAUGCUCUAGCUUAU